AUGGCUAAUUCUACAGUGACUGAGUUUCUCCUCACGGGCUUUGCUGAGAAGUGGGAGCUAAGGCUUCUGCUCUCCCUGCUAUUCCUUCUGAUGUACCUGGCCACCCUCACAGGGAACAUUCUUAUCAUCACUGCCACCACACUUGACCAGAACCUUCACACACCCAUGUACUUCUUCCUCAGGAACCUGUCCAUCUUAGACAUGUGCUAUGUUUCUGUCACUGUCCCCAGUGCCUGUGUCAACUCCCUCACUGACAACAGGGACAUUUCAGUGGCUGGCUGUGCAGCUCAGAUCUUCCUGGUCAUUUAUUGUAUGUAUGUGGAGCUCCUGUUCCUCACCAUCAUGGCCUGUGACCGCUAUGUGGCCAUCUGCCAGCCCCUCCACUACCCCGUCAUCAUAACCCACCAAUUCUGUGUCUGGACAACACUGGUCUCCCUGCUCAGUGGCCUCAUCUAUGCAGGUGUGCACACAGGGAACACAUUCCGGCUGUCCUUCUGCAAGUACAAUGUGGUCCAUCAGUUCUUCUGUGACAUCCCUUCUCUGCUGAGCCUCUCCUGCUCUGACACCUUCAACAACUUUAUAUUACUUGUUGUUUCUGCCCUAUUGAUUGGUUGUGGGUCUUUUACGUUUAUCACUGUGUCAUAUAUUUACAUAUUUUCGACUGUGUUGAAGUUUCCAGUCAAGGAGAGAGGAAAGGCCUUCUCCACCUGUGUCCCUCACAUUCUGGUGGUGUCUGUCUUCCUCAGUUCCACCAGCUCUGUGUACCUAAGGCCUUCAGGAGCCUCUGACAUUCUCCAGGGAGUGAUUCUUACUCUAUGUUAUACAAUAGUUCCUCCAUUCUUGAAUCCCAUUAUCUACAGUCUUAGAAACACACAGGUAAAGGAAGCAGUAAUGAAAGUAAUAUUAAGGAAAUAUUAUUCAGGAGAUGAAACACAGUAUAAGCGAUGGGAUGGCACAUCGACGUCAAGUACUAACCAAACACGGGAGCCGUGCCGGGCACUCCCCCUGUUCUGGCACCGGCCAGCCCAACUGAACCCGAUGCUGGGUCUUGAGGAGAAGCCCACAGGUCCCCGUGGCCAGUCCAGGGACCUGUUGCACAGUUACACGCACACUCCUCCUGUGCCACUAGAAGCUAUGGAUGAGGAGGCAGCCAAUAGCAUGACUUCAAUCUUGUGGGAAAUCUUGAGGAAGAAUCACUCAGAGAAGCUGCUCCUGGUUUUCUGA